AUGAACACAGCAGUCAACCAAGCCGAGACACAGCCCGACUUAGCGGAAAUGGAGGACCAGAGAUUAAAAGACAUGGGACCAGGAGGGGAACUGAUGGAAGUCAAAGUGCAAUCUGAAGAUCUGCAUUCCACCCACAGUGACACAAGGCCUCUGAUUCACGACAGGGAUCCCAAGAGAGUCAACAAAAGUCUGAAGGUCACGUUUGAGGAUGUGAUUGCAGAGCCUCCUUCGGUGCGGAGCUUUGAUAAAGUGUGGCUGUGGAGUCACGCCCUGUUUGAGGUGUCCAGGCUGUGGUGUUACCGCUUCAUCUCCCUCCUCCUGGCGGUGCCGGUCUCACUGGCAGCAGGGCUUCUCUUCGCUCUGCUCAGCUGCCUCCACAUCUGGUUGAUCAUGCCCUGUGUGCAGCUGCUUCUUAUCAACAUGCACUGGGUCCAGACUGUCUGGGGCAGCAUACUGAACAUUCUCAUCAGCCCCUUCUUUACCAGUUUUGGAAAAUGCUGUGGUCAAAUCACCGUCCAUCUGGCAAAGGAUGCAGACAGAUAG